UUAAAGAGGGCGCCCCCUCUCUCCGCGUCGGACGGGCGGGUGGCUGCGCUUGCUUCGCUGCCACCAGAGCCGGGAGGCCGCACGGGAUGUGUCCGGAGCAGCAGCCGCUGGCUGCACCGUGGGCUGCGGAGGCUCCGCCCCGAUGUGUGUGGGGGCAUGCCCGUUUUUUGGGUGGGCCCGUCCCGUCCCCAGCGAGGGCGGUGGAGCCAGGACGCCUCGUUCGGCAGCACUGGAUGCAAGCUCGUCCGGAGCAGUGCUGUUGCUCUGCUGCGGCUCCUCCCUCCCCCCCGCGCACUUGAGGGCGGGGCCCCGGCCGCCCUCACCUCUCCUAUGGCGGGAGGACGACUAGGCGCUGUGCUGCCACCGCAUGGCUGAAGCAGUCGGCGCCAGCACGACGGUGCGAGCUCUCCUCCUCCGCAGCUAGCGUGUCUCUUUCAAGAUCGUGGGGCCUGCUGCGUCAUCCCAGUGGGGCAUGUUGGAAGAGGGGAAUAGCAUCGCUGUGCAAGCGCACCAUUCGUGUGGACCACGUGGAGAACUACAGGCCACCCAAGGACUCCGAGGACCUUGACGCUCUGAUGGCAAAGCUGCAUCGCGAAGGCUGCGCUCCCGAGACAGUAGCACGAGAUGAGCACAAGUCCGAGGAUGACUCUGAGGAGGAGAUGGUUGCCGAGGAUGGUCCACAGAAGGGGCCACCUCCGGCAGACAGCCGCGGGGAUGACCCCGAGUAUGCCAAGCGUCUCAAGAAGGAGAAGAAGAAAUUAAAGAAGGAGCGCAAGAAGAAGAAGCGCCUCAAGAGGGAAAAGCGGAAGCUGAAGCGCAUGGCUGCCAAGACUGGCAGCAACAGCAGCAGCCACAACCAGGCAGGAUCUGGGGGAGGGGGAGGCCAGUCGUCGGAGUCGGCGAGCUCUGGAGACUCGGGCAGUGCAUCUGACAACAGCCCAGUGCGGCCUCAGUCACCCCCAUCGCCUCAGCAGGGUGCUGGAGAUGGUCCCCCACCAGCCAAUGGUCUGCCACGCCAACCCAUCACAGGCAUCCAGAGUCGGCUGGUCAAGCUCGCUAUGGCCGACUACCCACUGAGUCCUGUUCGGCCCCGCUCACCAAGCCCUUCAGACCGGAAGCGGCGCACACCACCAGCAGGCUAUCGAUCACCCUCCUUCCAAAGGAGAUCACCAUCGCCCCGGCAGGCUCGUCCGCGAAGCCCGCGCAGAACCCCGAGCUCGCCGCGUAGGCGAUCACCAAGUCCUCGCAAACGUUCACCAAGGCGAUCACGCAGUCCACGUCGCCGUUCUCCCAGUCCCAGGCGCCGGUCACCCAGUUUGAGAAGACGUCGUUCGCCAAGCCCCAGGCGUCGCUCACCCAGUCUCAGACGCCGUUCUCCCAGUCCCAGGCGCCGUUCUCCCAGUCCCAGGCGCCGUUCCCCAAGUCCUAGGCGCCGUUCCCCAAGUCCUAGGCGCCGUUCCCCAAGUCCCAGGCGCCGUUCCCCAAGUCCCAGGCGUCGUUCUCCAAGUCCCAGACGUCGUUCUCCAAGUCCCAGGCGCCGUUCACCAUCUCCAAGGCGCCACUCUCCAAGUCCAAGACGCCAUUCGCCAACUCCCCGGCGUCAUUCGCCCAGUCCCAGGCGGCGCUCUCCCAGCCCAAAACAUUCACCGAGUCCCAGGCGUCAUUCACCCAGCCCAAGGGGUCGAUCACUGAGUCCUAAGAGGCAUUCACCCAGUCCGCGAAGGGUAUCGCCCUCCAGGCAGUCAGCCAGUCCGCCGCAGCGAUCGGCAAGCCCUCACCAACGGUCUGUCUCCCCACCACCUCCUCGCCGUGCUUCCCAUAGCCCAAGCAUUCAGCGCUCCGUUAGUCCACGACCACGGUCUCCGAGUCCGCAGCACAGUUCAUCUAGCCCUCGUCACCCCUCACCAAGCCCUCCCCUCCGCCGAUCCCCAAGCCCGCGACGAAGGUCACCCAGCCCUCUGCUUCGCCGAUCCCUGAGCCCACGAAGGUCUCCUAGCCCACGACGUCGUAGCCCGAGCCCGCGUCGUCGUAGCCCGAGUCCGCGUCGUCGUAGCCCGAGUCCGCGCCGACGUAGCCCGAGUCCGCGUCGUCGUAGUCCAAGUCCGCGUCGUCGUAGUCCGAGUCCACGUCGUCGUAGCCCGAGUCUGCGUCGACGUAGCCCGAGUCCGCGUCGUCGAAGUCCAAGUCUGCGCCGUCGAAGCCCCAGCCCUCGACGACGUAGCCCGAGCCCGCGGCGUCGCAGUCCCAGCCCACUGCGGCGCCGUUCUCCCAGCCCUCUGCGACGCCGGUCACGCAGUCCCCGAAGGAAAUCCCGCAGUCCACGUCGACGGUCCCGUAGCCCAAGGCGACGUGGCAGCCGUGGUCGUCGCUCACGGAGCGUGAAGCGCCGCCUGUCACGCAGCCCAGCCCGCAAGAGGAGUCGCUCUCGUCGCCGCUCACGGUCGCCUCGCCGUCGCAGCCCCCGGCACUCUCGAAGCAGGAGCCGCUCUCGGCGUCCCUCGCCACGAGGCAGAAGGUCGGUGAGCAGGCACCGUGGUCGCCGCUCGCGCAGCCGUGAUCGGCACCGUCGCUGAGUGCCAUACCAUCUCCAUCAUGCGUCACCACCUGUUCUCGUCAUGUGUUUCUCGUAAUAAAGUGCGCCGCCGUGACCUGCGGCUCAUUGUCA